CCUGUGCUUUAUACACGACGUCGUGUUAAAGAAUUUUCCGCCAACGUUCCCAUCGAGCCCUUCGUUGAUACAGCCCUCUCAUUUCCACAAAUCUUCGAUUUUCGUCGGUGUCUACAUUUGUUCUCCCCGCCGGAUCUGAUAUCGUGUGAGAAUUCGUCCGAUCUAACCCGACGAAAACCUCAGAUAUCCCAUUCGCAUGAAGAACCUCGCGAUUCUAUGAAGGCUGACCUUGAUCCAGAUCUAGGAACUUCAUCGCUUUGUUCCUGAAAUUAGACGCGAUUCAUGAGGAUAAAAUUGGCUCCGCGACUCUAGGAUUUCAGAUCUCGCCUCUUGAAGGAUUUGCAUUUAAGUUGAGAGUAGAAAAUGCAUGUCAGAUCGGCACAAUCGUUCCGUGAUCGGACUCAGGAGUUCCAGAGCAUAGCUGAUCAGCUUAAGAAGUCAUUUUCAUCAGGGUCUGUGCCAAAUGGACCAAGCAGCAGCUCAAAGUCAGAGGAACAGCGAUCUGCAGUUGCAAUUCAGUCCGAGUUUAACAAGAGGGCCUCUAAGAUCGGUUAUGGGAUACACCAGACAUCGCAGAAACUGGCAAAGCUGGCAAAGUUGGCAAAGAGGACUUCAGUUUUUGAUGACCCCACCAAAGAGAUCCAGGAACUGACAGCUCUUAUCAAACAAGAUAUUACUGCACUAAACUCUGCUGUUGUAGACCUUCAGCUUCACUGCAACUCUAGAAACGAGAGUGGGAAUGUCUCUAGUGACACCAAUAGUCACUCAACUGCAGUUGUAGAUGACCUGAAGAAUCAGUUGAUGAGCACCACAAAAGAGUUCAAAGAAGUUUUGACCAUGAGAACAGAGGUAUGGACAGUGUUGCUUGGUAUCCUUGCUUCUUCGUCUAUGCUGCUUAUCUCAUUGGGAUUCUGGGUUGAAAAGAGAAUUGGGAGUUUAUUUCGGAACUUCUUAUGCGGCAGUAUAGGAGAGGAAAAAAAGUUUCACUUGGUUAGUUGGAAGAAAGUUUGUCAACCAUUGGAUGGUGGUGGUUUGGGGAUUAAAGAUUUAAAGGUUUUUAAUAGAGCUUUACUUGGGAAAUGGCUUUGGAGAUAUCAUUUGGAAAGUGAAGCUCUAUGGAAAAAUGUGAUAGAUGUGGAGUAUGGAAGUUUGUGGGGAGGUUGGUGUUCUAAAGCUUCUAGUGGAGCAUAUGGGGUGAGUUUGUGGAAAUUUAUUAGAAAAGGAUGGGAUUUCUUCUCUAAUAAUUUUAGAUUGAAGGUAGGAGAUGGAAAGAGAAUUCUCUUUUGGCAUGAUUUGUGGUGUGGGGAUACUGCUCUCUAGCUGGAAUUUCCUGCCCUUUACAGAAUUGCAAGGGAUCAAAAUGCAGCUGAUUGUGAUUCUUACUGCAGCAACAACAAGAAGGUUGAAUGGAAUGUUAUUUUCAAAAGGGAUGUUAAUGAUUGGGAAGUGGAUGAAGUUCAGGCAUUGCUGGUUAAACUUUACAACUUAAAGUUGGUGCUUGAAAGGGAGGAUAGUAUGGUAUGGACUUCUGCUGGAAAUGCUAAGUUUUCAGUUUCAUCCUAUUAUAGAGUUUUGUCAAGUCAUGGUAGUUGUGUUUUCCCAUGGAAAAGUAUAUCGAAAGUGAAAGUUCCUCCCAAGGUUGCUUUUUUCUGUUGGGUGGCUUCUUUGGGCAAAGUCUUGACAACUGAUAAUCUUAGAAGGAGAGGAUUGUUUAUUACUGACUAGUUUGUCAUAUGCAAAACGGAUGGAGAAUCAGUAAAUCAUCUUUUCCUUCACUGCGAAGCGACUAGAUUCUUGUGGGAUGAGGUUCUGAGCUGGACAGGUUUACAUUGGGUAAUGCCCAAAGAUGUGGUGGAUUUAUUGGUAGGGUGGAAGGGUUUGAAGGGCUGUAAGAAGACAGCGUGUGUUUGGAAGACGAUUCCCCCUUGUCUUGUGUGGUGCUUAUGGAUCGAAAGAAAUGGGAGAUGUUUCGAAGAUAAAGAAUGCUCUUUGGAAGAACUUAGGGAUUUUUUCUUGAGUACUUUGGGUUUUUGGGCUAAAGCUUAUGUAAUGGCGGAUAAUUUUCUGAAGCUGUUUUAGUUUUCUGGGUUUGUUUUCUUUUUGUUUCUGGAAGUUGUAGGUUUAUCCUUUGUAUACCUCCUGGGUACUUGGGCUUAUGUGUAUUUCUUCAAUAAAAUUAUUACUUAUAAAAAAAAAAAAAAAAA